AUGGGGAAGAUCAUCUUUUACGAAGAUAAAAACUUCAAGGGUUGCUCAUAUGAGUGCAACUGUGACUCUGCUGAUUUGCACUCCUUCUUCAGCCGAUGCAAUUCCAUCCGUGUGGAGAAUGGAAACUGGUUGAUCUAUGAGCAUCCCAACUACAAGGGACACCAAUACUUCCUGAAGAAGGGAGAAUAUCCUGAUUACCAACAGUGGUUGGGCUUCAAUGACUCUAUUAGGUCCUGCCGCUUGACACCACAACAUCGAGGUGCAUUCAGAAUCAGGGUUUACGAGAAGGAAGAUUUUGGAGGCCAUAUGAUGGAAUUUACAGAAGACUGCCCACAUGUCCACGAGCAAUUCCAUUACAAUGACAUUCAAUCAUGCAGUAUUCCUGAAGGACAAUGGAUUUUCUAUGAAGAACCCAACUACAAAGGACGACAAUAUUAUCUGAGACCUGGAGAGUACAGGAGGUUUUCUGACUGGGGUGCAAACAGUUCCCGAGUCGGCUCCUUCAGGAGGGUCCUAGAUUUCUAUUGA